AUGACCUUGGAAGCUGCCGCACUGCAGCAGCAGCAGCAUCAUCAUCAUCAGCAGCAGCAAACAACUAAAAGAUGGAGUAGAUCUGCUUCUCCCUCCGCGCUGCAGCAGCUGCAGCAGCAGCAACCUUUCUUUUAUCUUCUUGCUGCAUGGAAGCAGCACAAGGAAACAAAAACGCGCACAGGACAAGCUGUUGCUGUUGCAUCUGUUGGUCCAAUUGAUCGUCUCCGUAUACUGCAGCAAACAGAAUGCGUGCUGCAGCAGCAGCAGCAGCAGCACCUGCAGCAGCAGCACCCGCAGCGGCUGCAGCAGCAGCAGCAGCUUGCUGCUAGGGGAGUUAGAAGGCUAUGGGUUGGGGCUGGCUGUGGGGCUUUUGGUUCUCUUGUUGCAUGCGGCGUUAGUCUUACUGUCAACCAAACCCUCAGGGAACCUCUAGCUGGAGACGGCAGCAAAUUGCAAAAGGCAUUAUAUUUAUCUUUUUGUUCUUUUAUUUCUCUUUUAUGUUGUUAUCCUUUUGAGGUUAUUAGAUGUUUAUUAACUACAGGGUUUAGGGUAUAA